AUGAUGAUGAAACCGGAUACAGUUCCGUAUUACGAAGAUGAUUCUGUGCAAGUUAUCAAAUUACCUUACAUUGGUGAUGAAGUAGAAAUGGUUAUCAUAUUGCCAAGAAGACGUUUCGGCUUAUCCGAUGUACUGGGAAAUUUGUCAGGCGAAAAGCUACUUAAAUACGUCAAUGAAGCAACGAACCGAAGUGUUUCCAUUAAAUUGCCAAGAUUCAAAGUGGAAGAAAAACGAAAUUUGAAUAGUGCUCUGCAGGCAAUUGGCAUCACAGAUGCUUUCAGCGGAAAUGCUAAUUUCGAAGAACUUUUUAAUAACUCACUUCCAAUUUCUAUUGGCAAAAUUAUUCAUGGAGGUUUCAUUGAGGUAAAUGAGAAAGGGACAGAAUCAGCUGCUGCAACAAUAAUUGAAUUAGAGGAUCGCAUGGGUUCAUCGAAAAUUUUCAACGCUAAUCAACCAUUCCUCUUUGCAAUUGUUAAAGACUUAAAGACAGUUUUGUUCUUAGGACAAUUUGUCAAAUAG